GACAUCUUGCAUGUAGCCCAUCCCUAUUUACUUGUCAAAACAGCAAAUUUUCAUUCGGGCCAAGAAUCGACUGAAAAUAUGUCCGCUAUUCUAAACCACGCAAUUCGCCGCCAAUUCGGCGCUACUGCCGCCCGGAAUAUGUCCGGAACCGCCGCUGUGGCCGGCGAGCACUCCGGUGGCUACAAGGUGUGGAAGCGCCUGUCCUUCUUCGUGGCCGUCCCCGCCGUCGGACUGUGCAUGCUGAACGCCUACCUGAAGCACCAGGAGGAGCACGACAAGCCCCGCCAGGAGUUCGUCAAGUACGACUACCUGCGCCGCCGCGAGAAGCGCUUCCCCUGGGGCGAGGGCAACAAGAGCCUGUUCCACAACCCCCACGUGAACGCCCUGCCCGACGGCUACGAGCACUAGGUGGCCACCACCUCCGGUUCCCUCUGCGGGAUGUAUUCGUUGUUUGGUAGUGAUAGACGUUAAUGUAAACUGAACUUUACGCGGAAAUACACAGAAAACACAUAUACCCAAACUCCAGUUGGCGCUUCAAUAAAGAACAAAUCAGACCGAGGA